CAGGCAUCGAUACCACAUCGAUAGCUCCAUUAAAAAUAUCGAAUAAACUGUACUAGUAGAGUGCGCGUACUUUAUACAAUUAAAACUGUCCAAGCAAGCAAAGAGCAACUCGAUUUUCGGCAAACAAAAAAGCGGUGAAGAAGAAGAGAGAAGGCAAGCGAAAAUAAGACUACUUUAGUGUGCGUGUGCGUGUGUUUCUGUACUCGCGGUUGUGUGUGUAAAGGGACGCCGCUAAAAAGGCACAGAAUAAAAGAAUAUUUAUUCCCUUGCUGAUUAAAACCCGAAGAUGAAGGAAGUUGCUGUUAAGAAACGCGGUCGCCCAUCAAAAGCUGAAGGUGGAGGAGCCGUGGCGGCUGCUGCAUCGCCGGACGCCAAAAGACGCGGUCGUCCCGCCAAGAAUAAGGGCUCAAGUUCACCAGGUGGGGGUCAGCGGGGUCGCCCGCCCAAGGCGGCCAAAAUCAACGAAGACAUUGAUGAGGAUGAGGAUAAGGUGGAGGAGCCGGCUUCCGACGAGGAGCUGAACAACUCGCCUUCAAAGGGGAGGGGUCGUCCCACGAAGAACCAGCCCAGCGUUAGCGAGGAAGAAGACCAGAACAUGAACGAUGAUGAUGGCAGCGUUGAGGAGCCGACUGUAGCCGUCAAGCCUAAAAGGGGAAGACCGAAGAAGGCCGUGUGGAAUGGCGAAGGAGAGCCACCGAAGAAGCGAGGUCGUCCGGUAACUGGCAAGGCUGUUGGCCCCAUUCCCUAUGUGCCCACCGGCCGUCCACGUGGUCGUCCGCCAGCGAAUGACUCCACUGGCAGCCACGCUUACGUGCCCAACGGACGCCCACGUGGUCGUCCAAAGGCCAAUGCCGCUCCAGUCGUUGCGAAACCGGUGGCCGAUAACACUAGCGAUGAUGAGGAUGAGCACGACAAGGACGACGAAGAGGAGGAGGAAGGUGUGGAGGCGCCGAGCUCACCCGAGAACAACUAAGGGAGACGUCCUGAAGUGGAACUUCUCCGACGACGACAAUGAUGUCAACGAGUAUUAUGUUUCGGUCGUCUAUAACCAUCCCGAAUCGGUAGCUGCCUAAAAAUUAAAAAACACACACAUUUCCAACUACACCACCACCUAAAAUAUACGACCUAAGAAGUGAAUAUUGAAAGGAAAAAGGAGAGAAAAACCAUUGUCUGCAAGUAAGAAAACAAGGAACUUAACAAGACCACAAAAUCCAAAAAAAAAAAAAAUAAUAAAAAAACAUGGUAGGACUCCCGAGAACCUUUUCCCUCCUCGAACAAUAAAAACAAACAAACCAUUGUUGAUUACACGGUCUUGUAAAUCUAAAAUGUAUUGCGCACUUUUACACAACUUUUUAACUAGAUUCAGUUUUGAAACUAGUGAUUCCUGCAACACCACGAAAUUUUAAAUUACUAUCUAGGACUUAAAACUAACUAACUUAACAUCGUUUAGUUACCAUUUUUACAUUCGACGAAGAGAUUAUUACCUUCAUAGAGUUGCUGAAAAUAUGUACAGACAAGAAUCAUAAAAUGAUAUGAAAUAAAGAUUGAUUUUAUGAAAUCUCACUAAACUUAAUUGAGUAAUCAUGCUAACUUUUAACAAUCGACUGGUGCCAAAUAUUUGUACACACAAGAAUCAUAAAAAAACUUUUAUUAAAAAACUUAAUUUAGUCAUUAUGCUAGCUUCUUACAAUCUACCUAAAGAUAAUUAUCUUCAUAACUAUAAUAAAUAUUUGUACAA